AAUUAAAGGAGUAAUUUUUGAAAAGGCGCUUUAAACUGUGAUAGAAUGUAUCGCCAAUCAACAACGCCGGCUCAAAUUAAGUCUAGACAGCUUUCUCAUCUUAAUUCUCAGCUCGCACAGCUUCAUGCGCAUCUUUCUGAUUUGGAGAAUCAUUUUAGGGUAACUGCAAUUCAAGCAGAUGCAGUAAGAAGGUUAGGAGGAUUGCAGGGAUCUAUGUUUAUAUCUGCUAGUAAGGUUUUUGGGGAAGAAAACGCUCAGAAUAUGGAAUCAAAUUAAAUCAUUAUUUUUAAUUAGGAAUUUUAUACUAUUAAAGUAUAUGGCA